AUGACAGAGAGGAGAGUAAAGCAGCAAAUAUGGCAGCCAGACGCACGGAUUCGUCCCGCCCUCAUCUGCCCCACAACCCCACCAAUCAAAAGCUGCUGCUCUGCGGGCUUCCGGGUCGUUGAAUUACGGCGCACCGGCUCCUCCGCGCGCGAGACGCAGUCGGGGAGCAAUGGUGCUCGGAGCGUCCGGGGCCGUGGGUGUUUCGGGAGUCUUGCAGGAGCGAGGGACAUGUCGGGGAAUAUGAGCAAAGAGGACACCCCGAGCCGGAAUGCGUGUUUGACUUUCACCAUCGACAGCAUCCUCAACCUGAAGCAGCGGGAUGGAGCAGAGUUCGAGCAGGGGGCCAGUGGAUGUAAAAAUGUUUUUCAAGCGAAAUAUGAAGAGGUGUGGGACGUCCGGGAAAGGCACGACAGCGAGCCAGGAGAGACAGCGAAGCCCCGAGUCCAUCGCGUGGACCGCCUGGACACCUCCCCGCCGCUGUCCACCGGGGCGCAGAGUGGCCAAAGCGCCGAGGACUCUGGCGGCCAGCAGCCGCAGCCCGCGGCCGACCUCAAAGCCAUGGUCAAGAAAAAGACGCGCACCAUCUUCUCCAAGAGACAGAUCUUCCAGCUGGAGGCCACUUUCGACAUGAAGCGCUACCUGAGCAGCUCGGAGCGCGCGUGCCUCGCGAGCUCCCUGCAGCUCACCGAGACCCAGGUGAAGAUCUGGUUCCAGAACCGCCGCAACAAGCUCAAGAGGCAGCUGUCCACGGACAUGGAGGCCCCGCUGGGCGCCGAGCACUUCCCGGAGGCCGGCAAAAACGCGCAAUUGUCCACUUUUUACAAGGACAGCGGCCUGCUGGGCGGCUGCCUGCUGCCCAUGCCUUUCCCCGUCGUGUACCCGGCCGCGAGCGCAGCGCCUUACAUCUACUUCUCCAACACCGGCAAGUACUUUGGCCUGUUUGACACGGACUGACAUGACCCCGUGUGCAGGUGCGUGGACAGUUCUGCAUACCGUCACCUAAAUUUCGGACACUUUGUUUUUAUCGUUUCCAAUUUUUAUUUUUCAGGUUAGAAGAUUUUUGUCAACAUAAAUAGCCCAGGGGCAUGCAUGUGCCACUUUCUGUUCAUCCCCAAACAUUUUAUAUAUAUUAUUAUUAUUAUUAAUAUUAUUAUAAUGAUUAUUUUUAUUACGUUAGAAAAAUAGUAUGCAU